GCGGAGUCUAAGGCGGAAAACCUUUCACAUGUCACGCCACUGCGCCGAUAUCACGGGUCCUUCGUUGCCUUAACUUUUUUAACCUCUUUCCUCCCCCUUACUUACUGACAUUUACUUCCUCCACUCUCAUUCCCUCUCUCUCCCUCCUGGCCAAUUGUCCCUCGAACCUUCUUUCCUACUCUGAAGGAAUAUGCUUUGCGGUCCCCGUCAAUUCUGCCCAAUUCGCUGACCUCCCUCGACCUCUCCCCCGCACAAUGGCCACCACCGCCCCUAACGGUCAUGCUAAUGCGACCCAGUCCGCCGACACGGCCGAAGAACGCAGACGAAUCCACCACGAUGCCGACGUUGUGAUCGUGGGCGCAGGAGUUCUAGGAUGUGCGCUUGCAGUUACACUGGGAAAACAGGGCCGGAGUGUUCUACUGCUAGAAGCCUCGAUGAAGGAGCCGGAUCGCAUUGUCGGCGAGCUAUUGCAGCCCGGUGGUGUCCAGGCCCUGGAGCGGUUAGGCCUGGCGGAAUGUCUGGAGGGGAUUGAUUCAAUCCCGUCUUACGGUUUCUAUGUGUCUUAUUUUGACAAAUCCGUGACUAUGCCUUACCCCAAAGAGACCCCGUCGUCGCCGCCUCCGCGCGGUCGCUCCUUUCACCACGGACGGUUUAUCAUGAAGCUACGGGAAGCAGCUCUGGCCUGUCCCAAUGUCACCGUUGUUGAGACCAAGGCGACGGACCUAAUCACUUGCUCGCAUACCAAGCAGGUUCUUGGUGUGGAGUGCCAAACCAAGGGAAAAAAGGAUUGCUAUUUUGGACACCUCACUGUUGUCGCCGACGGCUACGCCUCCAAGUUCCGGAAGCAAUACCACUCUAAUACUCCGACGGUCAAGUCCCGAUUCUGGGCUCUCGAACUAAUUGACACGAAACUUCCUGCACCUAAUCACGGACACGUCCUCUUAAGCGCAAAUCCGCCGAUCCUCCUGUACCAGAUUGGCACCCACGAGACCCGUAUCUUAGUCGAUAUCCCAGAGAACCUCCCAUCCGCAUCGGUCAAGAAUGGUGGUGUCAAGAAUCACCUGUGGAACGUGACCCUACCGUCUCUUCCUGAGUCUGUCCAGCCAGCCUUCCGCGCCGCACUGGAAAAGGGUCCGUUGAGGUCUAUGCCGAACUCAUUCCUUCCCGCCGCACAGAACAAGACCCCGGGGCUGGUGAUACUGGGCGAUGCGUUGAACAUGCGGCAUCCGUUGACUGGUGGCGGCAUGACUGUGGCUUUCAACGAUGUACUUGUGUUCCGGGAUCUGCUGAGUCCCGAAAAGGUUCCCGAUUUUGCAGACACCGACAGGGUUUUGAAGCAGCUGAAGUCCUUCCACUGGAAGCGAAAGAACGGAUCCUCUGUCAUUAACAUUCUGGCCAUGGCGUUGUACGCCCUUUUCUCUGCCAACGGUUUGUUCUCUUACUCCUAUACCGCACCUUCAUCAAGGUCAGCUACUAAUAUACCGCUUAGAUGAAAACCUCCGCGUCCUCCAGCGAGGCUGCUUCCACUACUUCGAUAUGGGCAUGUAUUCCGAGCCAAUGGGUCUUUUGGGCGGCCUUAUCAAAAAGCCCUUUGUACUAUUCUGCCAUUUCUUCACAGUCGCAUUCCUCUCCCUCUGGGUGCUUCUCCGUGAGGCUCCUCUGUACCAGCUUCCCUGGUCACUUAUCAGAUGCGCGAUGGUAUUCUGGACAGCCUGUGUUGUUAUAUUCCCCUACAUGCUCAUUGAAGCAUUCUGUUAGUAUUAUUAGACCUUUAUAUUCCCUUUGUUUCCCUUACACUUAUGUUUUCGGAGCGAAACGAUCUCUUCUCGUUCAAAUUCUUAUGGCUUGGUGUAUGAUACGAGUUUUACUUCGCUUACCUUCUCAUGCUGUAAUAAUAUUUCCAGACUGCUUAUGAUUUAUAUGCUUUUAUUGAGCCAGUUACCUUCCCACAGCGAUGAUAGAACGGAGAUAUACAAAAGCUUGUACAUACAUAUACGAAUUAUACAAUUAAUAUAUACUGAUCACAUGAAAUCCGAAUCCCAGUAUCUCUAAUCACUAUAAAUAGAACUCCCCAAAAGC